AUGAACGGCUACGUCCCUUCCCCUACGCCCUUCGUCCCUGACGUUCCCACGUUCCUGAAACUGAUCGGCCGCGAACUCUCCAAACACGCCGGCAAAAUAGAAUCGUGGGAGGAACUCUUUACGCUGACAUCUAAUCAACUGAAAUCACGGGGCAUCGAUCCGCCUCGGACAAGGAGGUAUCUACUGAGGUGGAGAGAGAAGUUCCGGAGAGGGGAGUUUGGGAUCGGAGGUGAUUUUCAACAUGUCAAGGACGGCGUGGCCGAACUGAGGGUUGUGGAGGUGCCCAGUCUGAAGAAAGAUCCCACCACGGGAGCGCCGGUAGCAGGAACAGUCGCGAUCGGAAGAAGUCCUGGGAUGCAAAAGCUGAUUGUGAAUGUGCCGAAUGGCUCAAAUACAUACGAACUAUUGCCAGGACAAACGACUGGAGAUUUGAAGAAGCCGCAUGGCUUCACGCUGAAAAACGGCUAUAUCAUCAAGGGCAAGCAGGUGAAACCUAUGGCAGGAACGAAUGGGAGUGGUGCUACAAUACGGGCUGUCGAGGGUCUCUGGGAACACACGCGAGGGCGAAAGAUCUACGGCGGUGAAAGGCGGCGGGCGGAGACGUUGCAUAAGAUGCGAGUGGAGGAGAACAAGAAGAACGCAAGAUAG